GGCCACGCCCCUUGCAAGGCGGAGCGGAGGCAGCGGCCGUGCACUAACCUCGGGGUUCCGCCCGCGGUAGCGACGUCAGGACGACGGUCCAGAGCCCGCCGUGUGCGCAGCCGGGGCUGGAGCAGAGCGGACCGCGGGAGGCCUGGGCGCGGGGCAGCGCUGGGGCCAAACGCUAGCCUACGUGUCUCAGAUCACCGCCCGCCCCGGAGAGGAGACUGCGUCACGACAGGUUUAGCUGCAGGUGACAGGCCGGCGUCCACGUCACGUAUCUCGGCCACACGGGCGCCGCAGGGUGACAGCUCCCUGACAGUGGGACUUUGAGGUGUAACCCGGAAGCAGAAAGGUGGAGACCAGGCCCUGAGUCAUCCCAGGUUGACGGCAGAGGAUGGCGCCCACCUUGGAAGGCAGCGCCCGUGACCUGUGGCCAGACUUCCCCACGGGUCCCCUGAGCAGGUACCGGGCCCGCGCGUCCUUCAGUGGCGCGGAGCUGCUGCUGUUCUUGGAAGGCGAGGACGUGGUCCGCUUUAAGAAGACCAUCUUCUCGGCUCUGGAGAAGGACCCCCUCUUCGCCCGUUCCCGUGGGGCCGACCUGCCCCUGGAGAAGUACCGGGAGCUCAGCUUCCUUCAGUGCAAACGGGUGCUGGAGUAUGGCUUCUUCAGUGUGGAGGACCUGGCAGCAAGCCCGCUGAGGGUUUGGGCCCUGAUCCACUGCCUGGGCAUGUACGACUGGUCCUUGGCAACCAAGUGCUUCCUGCACCUGCUGGUUUUCGGGUCGGCAGUCUACAACUCCGGUUCUGAAAGACACUUCAAAUACAUUGAAAAGAUCUUCAACACAGAGAUUUUUGGCUGUUUCGCUCUGACUGAGCUGAGUCACGGGAGCAACACCAAGGCCAUCCGCACCACCGCCCACUACGAUCCCGCCACCCAGGAAUUCAUCAUACAUUCGCCCGAUUUUGAAGCUGCCAAAUUCUGGGUUGGGAACAUGGGCAAGACGGCGACUCACGCGGUGGUGUUUGCCCAGCUGUACACGCCAGGGGGCCAGUGCCACGGGCUGCACUCCUUUGUGGUGCAGAUUCGGGACCCGAAGACCCUUCUUCCCAUGCCAGGGGUGAUGGUUGGCGACAUAGGGAAGAAGCUGGGGCAGAACGGGCUGGACAAUGGAUUCGCCAUGUUCCACAAGGUCAGGAUUCCUCGAGAGGACCUCCUGAACAGGACGGGGGAUGUCACCCCUGAGGGCACCUACGUCACCCCCUUCAAGGACACCAGACAGCGCUUCGGAGCGUCACUGGGCAGCCUGUCCUCUGGCCGGGUGUCCAUCAUCGGCAUGUCGGUGGUGAACCUGAAGCUGGCCGUGUCCAUCGCGCUCCGCUUCUCGGCCACUCGGUGUCAGUUUGGACCAACGGAGGAGGAGGAGGUCCCCGUGCUCGAGUACCAGCUGCAGCAAUGGCGCUUGCUCCCCUACCUGGCGGCUGCCUAUGCCUUGGACCACUUCUCCAGAUCGCUCUUCCUGGACCUGUUGCAGCUGCAGCGAGGCCUGAUGCGGGGGGACCAUGGGCCCAGGCAGGCAGAGCUCGGGCGCGAGAUCCACGCUCUGGCAUCGGCCGGCAAGCCUCUGGCCUCAUGGACUGCCCAGCAAGGAAUCCAGGAGUGCCGGGAGGCCUGCGGUGGACACGGCUAUCUGGCCAUGAACCGCCUGGGUGACCUCAGGAAUGACAACGACCCGAACUGCACGUACGAAGGUGACAACAACGUCCUGCUGCAGCAGACGAGCAGCUACCUGCUGGGCCUCCUGGAGCACCGCCGGCCAGACGGAGCUCACUUCAGAAGCCCGUUGCAGACCGUGGACUUUCUGGAGGCCUACCCCAGCAUCCUCGGCCAGAGGCUCACAGGCACCCACCAAGCUGACUGGCUGGACUCUGCAGCUCCCCUGGCUGCGUACAAGUGGCUGGUGUGCUACUUGCUCCAAGAGAGUCACCAGAAGUUAAUUCGAGAGAGGAGGUCCCAGAGCAGUGACUUCGAAGCAAGAAACAAUAGCCAGGUGUACCACUGCCGCUCACUGGCCCUGGUCUUCCUGGAGCUCACCGUGGUGCAGCGGUUCCACGCCUACACGCACGGCCCCAGCGUGCCGUCCUCACUGCGGGCUGUGCUGGGGCGGCUCAGCGCUCUCUACGCCCUGUGGUCGCUGAGCCGGCACACGGCUGUGCUCUAUCGAGGUGGAUACUUCUCUGAUGAGCACGCAGGGACACAGAUGGAGAGCGCCAUCCUGGGCCUGUGCACACAGCUGAAAGACGACGCGGUUGCCCUGGUGGACGUGAUUGCUCCUCCUGACUUUGUUCUGGACUCACCGAUCGCCAGGGCCGACGGCGAGCUCUAUAAAAACCUCUGGAACGCCAUCCUGCAGGAGCGCGGGGUGCUGGAGCGCCCGUCGUGGUGGCCAGAGUUCUCUGGGAACAAGCCCGUGGUGGGCAGCCUCCGGGCCAAGCUGUAGCCGCGCUGGCUGCAGUGCCCCAUGUAGCUGAGCCAGUCAAGCCUAGCAGGACAUGGCCACCAAGCCGACUCCGCAGACGCCCAGAUGGCCCCUUCUCCAAGUUCCAGUGCCUCACCGUGCCCAGCGCUGAUGGCCCUGCACCCGGGUUGAGCAGCAUUGCCCUGGGGGAGUGUCUGGAGUCCCGAGCUGCUGUUGGAAAGGGACCUCGCAUGGUCACUGGAGUCCACACCUUCUUCCUGGGCUCAGGUCCCCGACUCAGAGUGGCCACUCACUGUCCAGGCCUUCUGACCCCCGUGGGCAUCACAAGCCUCAGCUUCUCCCAGGACUCCCUGGCUUUUCGGCGCCAGCUGGGCGGCCACGUGACUGUGCCCUGACCUCCUUAGCUCAUACCACAGGCCCUCUGCACGGCUUGGUGUGAGGCCUCAGGGGAGAACCGUGGGUCACUGCUCUUGGUGCAUCUGGAAGUUUCCACUGAGGACAUUUCCCAAAGCUGCCCAGAUCCAUGGCCUUUCCCCACCGUGAGGAGCAGGCCCUGAGUCCUCCUAUCCCCCUGCCUGAGUGGGAGUCCCGGUGCCCUCUGGCCUUAGCACAUCCAGGCCCAGCCCUCCCUGUCCAGCAAGAGAGCCCGCCUUACCUGGGCACCUGGGGGAUCCCUGUGCUUUGCCUUUUCUUUCUUACCUUCAAUCAGGCGGGACCUGGGUUUACCGCCUGUCCUUGGGUUGGAGCCGCUGUCCUUUCAUCAACAGGACAUGGAAGUUGUCAAGAUCAGGUCCCUGCGUGUCCCUGUUCUCAUGUGUGGCUGUGAGAAGCUCCCAGAGCAGGGGUGGCUCACGGUCCAGGGGGUUUGACCGACCAUCGGUACACAGGUGUCUUCUGCCCCUGCAGAGGGUCCCCUCCACAGACAUGACGCCCACCCACAGGCCCGCUCAGGCCACCUGCCAGCUCCACCCCAGUCCUGUGGGCACGCUGGACCUGAGGGCAAGGAGGCAGGGUUAAGGGCAGAGGUGGUGUUAUGGAGUCAGCUUGUAAGUAGAGAUCAUUUAAAAGAUAAAACAUUUUGAAAGCAGCAGUAAAAAUUUGAAUAACUGGAAUAAAACGUUUGAUCUUAAUCUCUGCCUUCUCACACUCCUUUUCUGCUGAUGAACCAGGCAUGUGGUCAUCAGGUACUAUUUUGAAAAUGUAGAAUCCUUCCAAAAAGAAAGUGAAUAUCAGCCCCACGCUCAGAAGCCGCACCUGGUGUCUCAGGUGUUUAGUGGUGACAGUGGCCUGGACUGCCCAGGUUGCCGUCCCGCCCGAGGGCCUCCCUGGCAGGUGAAGUGUUAGUGGUCCUGUCCCCAGCGCCUUCGUCCCUGCACGAAAGCGGCUUUUCCAUGGGAACAGGGGCACACCCUUGGUGGGCGGCAGCAAACCUCCAGGAGACAGGGUUAGACGCUUCCCCUCUGCAGGCUGUGGUAGCCACUGGUGCACCUGUGUCUGCACAUGGGGAGGCCGGGCAGUGAGAGCCAGGGCCCACUGCACAGCCGCUGGACGCCCACGGCAUCAUUUUGCCGUCACCGGGGCACACAGCCUGGAGCCUGGCAUAGGUGUCCUGGGGGCCAGGGGCCAGGGGCCAGGAGCCCAUGUCCUGUAGGACUUGGUGAGUUGUCCCAGCAGUGGCCUUGCCGAUCCUCGUGUCAAGUACCGCGCUCCUGUGUGGCGCUCCCAUGCCGCUCUGCUUCCCUUUGCGCCUGCCGAGGUGGCAGCCUGUGCUGCUGGGAUGACGUCUGCUCUCAUUCUUUGCCUGAUGGAGCAAUUAGUUUUCCGUAUUUUUACUUGUAAAGAGUUUUACAUAGUAAGUGACUAAAGCAUUGACAUAUCCAUUACCAAGGAUUUUUCCUGACUUGUCACUUGCCUUCUAAUUGCAUUCAUUUCCCCCUUUUGAUGUAACAUUGUAAAACUUAAAAUUUUAAAUCAGAAACAAACAUCCAAAUUUAAAAGCCAAGAAUCAUUUGUGCCAUUGAGGUCAUCCUUGGAAAUUCUCUCACACCAAAGGUAUUUCUAUUUUUAUCUGUUUUCCUUUGAGUACAUUUCAGUGUUCAUUGACUGGAAGUUUAUUUUCAGGUGUGUUGUGAGGUAAGGGUCCAAUGUGAUUAACCCAAUGACGCAAGGCUUGGAUCCAACAUGGUUGGCCCGUUGGUGUGAGGUAGGGAUGCAACACGGUCGGCCCAUUGGUGUGAGGUAGAGAUCCAACAUGGUCAGCCUGUAGGUGUGAGGUAAGGAUGCAACAUGGUUCGGCCUGUUGGUGUGAGGUAGGGAUGCAACAUGGUCGGCCCUUCGGUGUGAGGUAGGGAUGCAACAUGGUCGGCCUGUUGGUGUGAGGUAGGGAUCUAUUGUGGUUAGCCCAUUGAACAUGCGCUGGCCUGAUGCUACCUGUUUGAAUGCAGACUCACAUAUGUUCCUGUUUCUAUUUCUGUAGUUUUUGGCUAUCAUUUCCCAUGUCAGGUUCUGUAGUUUUCAUCCUUCUAAUACCUGUGGAAAAGAAUAAAGUUUUUUUUUUUUUGUCAAAAAUGUUCUAGGUAUAUAAGCUUUGGUAUUAUUUCAAGCCUGGGCCUUCCUCCUAGCCCCAAAUUAAAAAAAAAAAACCAAAAAACAAAAAAACAAAAAACCCAGUUAUUUGGAAUUUGAAGCUUUUGUUAACCUGUAGAUGAACACCAGGAGAAUCUAUAAGAAGUAGUCUUUCCAUCUAAGAUUCUUUCUUCUUGUUGUUUAAAUAAAAAGCUAUCUGGCUUUUGUACAUUUUGGUUACCUUAUUAAAACCUUAUUUAAUUAU